AUGGAAAUCGACGCAUCGAAUGCCUCGCACAGCUCGCACGCCGCGCGCGCCCCUCAACAACUCGCCCUCCCUCGCGACGCCCCGAUCCCUGACGGCAAUUUCGUAGCCCUCGACGUAGACGGCCGCAAAUAUCGCAUCCGAAAAUCCGACCUUAUGAGCGUUCCUUACUUCGACGCUCUGCUUGGCGGUAAUUGGGCUGGAAUCGAUCUGUUGCCCGACGGCUCGCUCCCCAUCGAUACGGACCCUGAGAUCUGGCCAAUACUGUUCACCUAUAUCAAAAGACCUAGCACAUAUCCGUUGCUCUGGACGAGGGAGAAGGGAUUCGACUACGUGGGAUAUAACAAACUUCUGUCUGAGGCCAAGUUCCUUGGUCUCGAAGACUUGGAGCAGUGGAUCUUAUCUAAGAGGUACAAAGAAAUGAGCAUAUUGUCCAUAGUACAUGGCUCGAUUCCACCAGAGGUCCAAGGGGACAACUACGGGGGGACGGACAAGGUCCAGUGGCGCCAGAAGACGUUGAGCUUGUUUCUUGCUUUGAAGCAAACAUUACUAGCCAAGGCGCUUAUAAAUGCCCAAUCGGAUCUCAUCUCCAUGCCGAUCUAG